AUGGAUUAUGAAGAUUUACUUCAUCUUCAUGUUGAAGAAAAUGCCGACAGUGGUAGACGACUAUACCGACCCAUUAAAAGUAAAGACGACAUUAGUCCAGUCGGUAGAAUUGAAUUUGAGAAAGCCAAAAACAUGCUUUCGGUUGUGAGUCCAAAGUCUAAUCUCUCUUUGUACGAUCAUUUGGUUGCCAUACUGCAUAAAACUUUACGACAUGGAAUAGAAGAUGCUGUGGAUAAGCUGGAAGAUAUCAGUUUUUCGCUGAAAGACGAAAAGCAAUCUGAAGAAAAUGAAUUUAUAAAAGUGACGCCACCAAAUGAAGUGCUUUUAAAGUUCAUUGAGGACAAAAAACGCUUCUACAAAUUGACUCCAGUUGCUUCAAAAGAGGAGUUAAAAACAGCCGAAGAGGAUGAAGAAGAAGAAGAUGAAAGUACCCCUCUUCAAAAACCACCAGCUGAAGCUGAAGAAGUCGAAUCGGAAGUGGAUAUCGCUGCUUCCUUAUCCGACCUCCAUUUCAGCAUGCAGCGCUUUGCUUUGGCAGGGAUAGGACUCGAUCCAAUCGAAGUCCACGAUUUGGUUUUGGCCAUGAAAGAUUUGAUUGAAACAUACAAAAUAGGGGAAGUCCGAUUCUGGGGGAAAGUGUUUGCCAGGCACUGCGAUUACUACAUAGUCGAAAGUAAGUACAGUGAUGAGGUAACCCCGGAAGAUUUCGGUUGGACGCUCGAUAAGAAAGAAGAAGAAAAGGAGGAGGUAGAUGAAGAUGAAGAAGGGGCGGAAGAGGUUUCAACUGAAGAAGCAGAAGAUGAAGGCGAAGAAGACGUUGAAGGUGGUGAAGGUGGUGAAGAAGAAGAAACUGGUCCAAAAAUACCCCCUCUCCCAGAGCGCCGGCCAGCAAAAAGAAAGACUGUUACUUCAGAAAAAGGAGGAACCGGAGUAAACGAACGGCUCUACUUUGUCUCCACUAAAGUUGACGGUUCUUGGAGAUGUUUGCCGUUAUUGAAACCUUUUCACAUCACUGAAGCUCGGAGGGCUAAAAGGUUUCUUUCAGGAAAUCUGGAAUCUGAAAUCGGAGGAGGUGUUCCCUUUUCUGGUAAAGAAGCUCACUACUUGCGCGCGCAGAUAGCUCGAAUUUCAGCAUCCACUUGUGUGGCUCCAGUGGAUUACUAUGAGUUAUUAGAGGAGGAAGAAGAAGAUGAAGAGCAUCCACUCGGGUUUCUCAAGAGUGAGUCAUACGAACCUAAAUCUGUGAUGGAAAUGUUUACUGAAGGACUAGAGGCGUGGGUUCACUGUAAGCCAGCGAUAUUAGAUCAAGGAAGGUAUUCUCCUAUGCAAGAAGGAGAGGAAGAUGAGGAAGAAGAAGCAGAAGAAGAGGAAGAGAACGAAGAAGAAGAAGGUUCGGAAAUAUUUGAAGCUAAGAAAGAACUUGAAGUUCCCAAACUUAGAGGUUUAUCUGAAGAUGAAGCAAUUGGAAAGUUACAACCCUGGAACAUCAAAUUAAGUUCGAAAUUAGCCAAAAAGGUGUCAAUCAUUAUCUUACAAUCGAAUUUAUGGCCUGGGGCAUUUACGUUCUACGAUGGAAACGAUUUUUACAGGUCUUUUGAUCACAUUUACAUUGGUUUUGGAUACAAGUUCUCUACUUACCAUUACGGUCCAACAAUUCCUAUAGUUUUCCAGAAAGAGUACGAAUCAGGUUCUGAUAUUGUGGAGACAGAAGACGUCGAAGUUGAAGAAGAACCUCCCGAGGAAGUCCAUGAAGAAGAAGAAGAAGAAGAAGAGGAAGGAGAGAAUGAAGGUGAAGAACUUGAAGAAGAAAAUGAAGAUGAACCAGAGGAGGAAGAUUAA